AUGAAAAGUGGGCAUUGGUGUCUCAUUGGGAGUCUGUGAUGAGAUAUUCAUAUUCCAUUCCCUUGCCACCAUUUUCUUUCUUUCUUUCUUUCUUACUCUGAAUUCUGAACCACUCACUAGUCACUAUCUUCCGGGAAUGGGUUCAUCGGAAAACCCCAAUUGGGUUCUGGACUACGCAUAUCUCGAUGACAUUCACUCUCUUUCUGACCCUUCCAACUUCUCUUGGCCCCCUCCUCCAACCUCCCUAAGUGCCGACCUUCAUCAAUCGCUUCCCAAUUCUCAUGGACCCGAUCAAUCUGCCUCAAGAAAACGCUGAAUUGUCUUCACUACAUAGUUAUCUAACACUUUGUGUCCAUUUCUUCUGUUACAGCUUGAGGUCAUCUGGUUCAAAAGCGUGUAGAGAGAAAAUGCGAAGGGAUAGAUUGAAUGACAGAUUUUUGGAACUUGGUUCCAUUUUGGACCCCGGAAGGCCUCCCAAAACGGACAAGGCUGCUAUACUGAGUGACGCGGUUCAACUGGUGUCGCAGCUGCGAGGGGAGGCUCAGAAGCUUAAAGAAUCAACUGAGAAUCUGCAGGAGAAAAUCAAUGAAUUGAAGGCCGAGAAAAAUGAGCUCCGUGACGAGAAGCAACGGCUAAAAGCAGAGAAAGAUAGCCUUGAGAAGCAGCUCAAAGCCUUGAAUACACCACCUGGUUUCCUGCACCAUCCUCCUACACUUCCAGCUGUUUUCCCUCAUGCACCAGGGCAAGUUCUUGGAAGCAAGCUGGUGCCUUUCAUGGGCUACCCAGGAGUUUCCAUGUGGCAGUUUUUACCACCUGCUGCUGUCGACACAUCGCAGGACCAUGUACUCCGGCCCCCGGUUGCAUAAUCCGGAAAAUCUGUUUGUAUUUUUCUUUAAUGGAUAGAGGGUAAUGUUCCUUUCACAUUUCUGAAAAGUUAGGGACAAAAAGAAGGAAAUGUGGAGAUUGAAGAGCUUCUAUGGUAACAAGUCAUCUUUUUUGGUUUUAGGUUCAACCAACUUGUGCAAGUUAUGUAAGAGUAGUGUGCAUUUAGUCAUUUUGGAUACUAGUUCAUUGAUGACAACUUCGAUUUGCACAUA